GACGAACGUUCACGUGCGUGGUCGACAACUGCCACCACGGGCGAAUGCGAUGGUAAUCAGCUGUGACUCAACGUGUUGUUGGCAAGUUGUGGCACAUCACUCGAGCCUCUUCCCGACAUGGCCAAAUCCCGUGACUGCAGCUCUCUGUUCUGAUAGAUUUACUCGAGAAACGUGAGCUCAAUCUUUGCGUCGUACGAAAUGACUGCUGGAAAGAGCACAUCGUCGUCCACAUUCGAGUACGCAAUGCCCAGGUGCGACCCAUUAUGCACGAACGACACCGUCUUGGAUGUGUGGUCCAGGAUCGUCAUGAGAAUGUCGCCGCUCUUGAAGGGCGUCCCAAACGGCGCAUCGUCAUGGCCUUGCAGCGAGCACAAUGUCCCCUUGCGCACGUUGAGGUACCAGCCCGAAUAAUUAAAGACAAACACAGACUCGUCGCCGUUCGGCACUUCCCAAAACUUGGGCUCCUUGAUAAAUCCAAUUGCGAUCGCGUUGCGGGCUUUCGACUUGUUCAGCUCGACCUUGACGCAAAAGCUGCUGACUUUCACAUUGCCCAUGGCGACAUUCCAAGCCGAACGGAUCGUUUUCAGCCGACAGCCGCGGCUACUGACAGUGGCGUGGAUGCCGACGCGCGAAGGGUCCCAACGCAACGGAGGCGGGGACGACGACGCUGCAGGCGUCUUGAUGUUCUUGUGGUCGCCUCCAGCACGGAUUUUGUGUCGCUUCUGUUGAUAAGAGGCCAAGUCAAGGUGCUUUGGUGGUGGACCGCACCCUCGUUUGGCAGGUUUGCUCUCCAGCAACGUCGUUGUGUCGGCAACGGUAGCGUCGUCGACGGGAAUUUGCUGUAGGGCCGUUGCCUGGACAACCAACCGACGACGCUGGUUUUCCAACGCGUUUAAAUGCCCUUCCAAGAAGAGCUGCAUGUCCUCUGGCAUCCCGCGCAACCUUGUCGCUAACGAGUGCACUUGUUGGUAGCUGCGAUCGCACUCGUCUUGAAGCGCGCGCAGGAUGGAGGUGAUUGUGUUAUGGUCGUGUCGCUGUGCAGUUGGGAUGCCGGCAGGAGCAAGGAUGGGCACGUCCUCCUGGGGUAGACACGGCAGAGCGACAGCGGGCUUGCUUCCUUCAGGGUAUACGUGCUCCUCGCCGUCGGCGGUUUUGUCGUGGCACAAGUCCUUCUCGGGCUGGGCCUCUGGUUCGACUUCGUCAGUGCAUGGCACUUCGCUCGUCUCGCUCCACGUAUCGCUGUGCACUGCGUUUGGUGAGCCAGGCUCUUUUGGACGCCUUCCGUCAACUUGGUCGCAAGCAGAAGUCGAUUCCUC